CUGAUGCUAAUAAUAAUAAAAAACAGUGUCAGAAAAAAAUAAAUUUAGAUGAACCUAUGCAAAUUUCGGGAAUGUUAAAAACAGUAAAAUGUAUAUUGUAUCAAGCAAUGCUUUUUUAUUGGAAAGAAGAUCACGAAAUAUCAUACUUACCAUCAAUACUUGUUCCUCAAAUUAAAAAGCUUGAUUUUGCACCUUAUGAAAUGGAACGGACUCUUUAUUCUUUAAAAGAGAAAUAUAAUGACAUAAAAUUUAGUAUGUCAUUACAUUCACCUUCACAAUCUCCCUAA